AAGCAAGCAAGGAAGGAAGGAAGGAAGGAAAGAAGGAAGGAAGAGCGAAAAAGAAAGAAAAGGACAAUAACAAAGGUAGAAUGACAGGAGUGAAGAGAAGAAGAGAGGAAACGGGGAAGGAGCAAGCAAACAAGACACCAAAUUAAGCACCUGCAUGCUAGCUUGUGGAAAGUGGAGAGGUCCUGAAAUCAAGGACCAACCAUGGUCGAGAUCAAAACUUCAUGCUUGGACUUGAAGAGUGCCUUUGUCAAGAAACACUGCCUUUCGGCUUGGAGAGCUCCACGGCAUGCUCGCCCUCUCCAGGUGUUAGGCUAUGACCCUAUCAGCGAUUGCGAGACGAAAGUGGGUAGAAACCCAUGGUGCGGCGUAGAGAAGCUUGUGCACUGCAGCCAGACAGAAAGAAACCGUUGGAUGCAAAAGCAUUACCCCUUGCAUCCCUUUGCAGCACAGAUGUGCAAAGUGCUGUGCUGCAAGCCGCGCCCUCUGCACACGUGUGCUUUUUGCGCACCUGGUGAUCCAGUCAUCAUCCACUGAACGUUCUCAUAUUAGGUAGCAGCAAGAAGCUACUAGCAACAAGGGCGUCGCUAUCAGGAGCAAGAAGCUACUAGCAACAUGGGCUCUGCUACUAGGAGCAAGAAACUGCUAGUAACAAGGGGCAUCGCUACUACGAACAAGUACUUUUGUCUUUUGUUGCUUUCUUUGAUUCGCUGAUGAUCUGAUGCUUUGGACUUGUUUGACAUCGUCAACGCAGCUAGUAUUGGAAAAGGCGAUACAACUAUUUUGCCCGCUUCGACGAAGGCAUACGCAUGGAUCCAGGAGCUUGGUUUGAGGUAACUCCUGAGAGCGUUGCGCGGCACAUCGCGGAUCGCUUUCAAUACGACACAGUUGUUGAUGGCACUUGCGGUGUUGGUGGCAAUGCAAUUCAGUUUGCAAUGACAUCACGCAGUGUUGUCGCUGUGGACACUGACGCCCAGCGUUUGGCUGAUGCGAGGCAUAAUGCAAGAAUCUAUGGUGUGGCUGAUCGCAUCCGCUUUGUACACGAUGACUUCGUGAAAUUUGCUGACAACUACACUGGAGCUCCUGUAGAUGCGGUGUUCUUAUCACCUCCAUGGGGUGGGCCCGGACAUUUGGAUUGCCCACAUUUCUCCUUGAGGGAUGUGCAGGUCCCAGAUAUUAUGCAGCUGUUUGCUGCUGCUGCUAAGCUGUGUCCUCGAGUAGCUCUUUAUUUGCCCAGGCAUACUGAUUUGCACGAAGUAGCCAUCCUGGCUGCUCAGCAUGGUUUCCCUGCUGUGGAGGUGGAGAAGGUCUUCUUCCAACAUCCAACUCCCCACCUGAAGCUGGUGGUAGUCUACUUCUCCAGUGAUGUUGCGCAGCAAGGCAUUCCCAAGAGCAUCACACAGAAGUCUGUGGGGCGCGAUCGGGCCCAGCGCUUGAUGCAGUCGAAAGCAUCAGGUCUGGCGGGAAGGGAUCGUGCAGCAACCCUGCCUGAAGCUUAUGCAGUGCUGGCUCUAUCCUUGACGUUUGGAAGAGCAUUUUGCGAAUCAGUGAGGCUUUUGGAACUACGGCUGUUGAAAGUUCGCCCGCUGCAGAUUUAG